CUUCAUAGAAUGGCUCUCAGGAUUACCAUCUAACCCGAGAAGUUUCAAUAUUCCAUUAUUAAUUGUUGGCGGACAACCUUCUGGCAUUGCGAAAACCUAUUUUGGACAGAUGUGCUCCAACAACAAUGGGGCCGCACUUAAGUUUCCAAGAGGAUUGUCUCUAGAGAAAUUCUCCUCCCUAAUUUCUCAUAUAUUGGGCCACAAUGUUGGAAUGCAACAUCAUGACUCCAGGGAAUGUACCUGUCCAGCUUCUCCUUGUAUCAUGGAUGUCAACGUAAUGAUGGCCGCUAAUUCAAAGAGCUUCAGCGAUUGCAGUUUGAUGGAAUUCCAGAAUUUCAUAAUGAGGACUGGAGCUUUGUGCCUCUUGACACAUCCUAACAUGAAGCCUCUGGUGGACCCUUCUUUGUGUGGAAAUAGAGUGUUGGAUAAUGGGGAGUCAUGCGACUGUGGAACAGAAGUGGAGUGCAAAAAAGAUCCUUGCUGUGAAUAUAAGACAUGUACUCUAAAGCCAGAUGCCAGAUGUGCCAGUGGAGCUUGUUGCUCGAAAUGCCAGUUUCUCCCAUCUGGGACACUAUGUAGAAUAAAGGCAGAUGAAUGUGACUUACAUGAGUAUUGCUCGGGAACAACGGCAGCCUGUCCUGAAGAUGUCUUCCAGCAAAAUGGCAAUCUAUGCAACGAUGGAAAGAGUGUUUGCUACAAUGGAAAGUGUCAAAAUGUUGACCUGCAAUGUGUGCAAUUUUUCGGUCCAGCUUCAAUGAAUGCUGACUUAGAGUGCUACCAGAAGCUGAAUGUCAUUGGAGAUAGAUUUGGAAAUUGUGGAGGAGUCAAAGGAUUUUAUGGACGUUGUCAGCCACAAGAUGUUUUGUGUGGAAAAUGUCAUUGCAUGAAAAUGGAUGGAGAAGCAAUAUUCAGACCAGACAUGGCCAUCGCUUACUAUACCUCCAAAGACCAUGUCUACCUAACCGGAGACUUUUUGAUGGAUUAUUUUAUUGAUCCUUUUUGGGUUAAAGAUGGGACAAAGUGUGGGGAAAACAAGAUCUGCAUCAAUAAAAAGUGCACCAAUAUCUCUAGAUCAGAUGCAGCUUGUAAGCGUGAAACAACUUGUAAUAGUCAUGGGGUGGCUGGAGGAUGGCACCACAGAGGUUCCAUACAUGGUGGGGCCAAAAAUAUGUGGGGUUGCUUUGUAUGCCUUGUGAUGUGUGUUAUGCUGUGCUGA